AUGGACGGCAGGAGCAAAGCUAAGAGCAGAUCUGUAAAAAGGCAAGUAUGUCUCCUCUUCUUAAUGUCUUUCGUCUGCCAGACUGUCUCGGAGCACCUUCGCUAUUCAAUUCCAGAGGAAAUGGGAAAGGGUUCCAUUGUGGGGAAUCUUGCCAAGGAUCUGAAACUGAGUGCUGCAGAAGUGGGAAAUCGCAACCUGCACAUCCUUUCUUUAGGCAAAAAGCAGUAUUUCUCCAUUAAUGCUGAAAAUGGGAAUCUGUAUGUAAAAGACAGGAUUGACAGAGAGGAAAUCUGUGGGGAAACUGCACUCUGCCCCAUCAGUUUUGAAGUGGUGAGUGCAAACCCCAUGGACAUAUUUUACAUAACAGUAGAGAUCCAGGAUAUUAAUGACAAUGCACCACAUUUCUUAAAUGGUGAUAUCAAACUAGAGAUAAGUGAAUCCUCUUUACCAGGAGCCACAUUUCUUCUUCAACAAGCAGAAGAUCCUGAUAUUGGAACAAAUUCUCUCCAGAAUUAUCAUCUAAAUAUUAACAAAUAUUUCAUUUUAGCAAUUACUAAACAAGACUCUUUAAACAAGUAUGCAGAAUUAGUGUUGGAAAAACAAUUGGAUCAUGAAAGUGAAAGUACUGUUAGUUUAACCCUUACAGCUCUUGAUGGAGGAAACCCUGCAAAAACUGGAACAGCCAAAAUACAGAUUACAGUCAUAGAUGCUAAUGACAACCCACCUGUCUUUAGUCAAAAAGUAUACAAAAUCAGCCUCAAAGAGAAUGCAUCAAAGGGAUCUACUGUAAUACAAGUCAAAGCUACAGACAAAGAUGAAGGUUCCAAUGGUCAGAUCAAUUAUUCCUUUAGCAACAUUGCUGAUAGUGUGCAGCAAAAAUUUGAGUUAGAGCCACAUUAUGGAAUUGUAACAAUAAGGGAAGAGGUAGAUUUUGAGGAAAUAGAGAAAUACACAAUGGUGAUAGAAGCAAGAGAUGGAGGUGGCUUAGUAGCUCAUUGUAACAUUGAAGUAAAUCUGGUAGAUGUGAAUGACAAUGCCCCAGAAGUAAUUCUCGCCUCCUCAUCCAGAGAAAUUCCGGAAAACUCUCCAUUAGGAACAUUGGUAGCCCUCAUCAAUAUAAAGGAUAAAGAUUCAGGGGAUAAUGGGGAGGUCAAUUGCCAUUUACAGAAUGCCUCCCCAUUCAAAAUAGUAUCAGCAGCUAAUGGCUACUAUAAGCUGCUGACAGAUGGUCCCCUAGACAGAGAAAGCACCCCAGCAUACAAUCUUACAAUCACAGCCACAGACAAAGGUACACCCCCUCUUUCUACACAGAAAACCAUCUCACUGGAGAUUUCGGAUAUCAAUGAUAAUGCCCCUACCUUUGAGAAAUCCUCAUACACCGUCUAUGUGGCAGAGAACAAUCCUGCUAGCUCCUCCAUCUUCAGCAUCAAAGCUGUAGACCCCGAUCUUGGUCGCAAUGCUAGGAUCACCUAUUCCAUCCUCACUAGCAAAAUAGAGGCGCUACCUCUCCCGUCUUACCUCUCCAUUAACUCAGAAAGUGGCACCCUCUAUUCUCAAAGGUCCUUUGACUAUGAGCAACUCCGGGAAUUUGAGGUACAGGUGAAGGCUGAAGAUGGAGGCUCCCCACCUCUCAGCAGCAAUGCCACAUUGAAGGUGUUCAUCCAGGACCAAAAUGAUCAAAGCCCUCAAAUUCUGUAUCCUUCUCCAGGAGCAGAAGCUUCAGCCUCCUUUGAGAUGGUGCCUCGCUCGGCAGAGAUGGGGUACCUGGUUACAAAGGUGGUGGCUGUGGACACCGACUCUGGCCACAAUGCCUGGCUCUCUUAUCAUCUACUGCAAGCCACUGAGCCAGGGCUCCUCACAAUUGGUGCCCACACUGGUGAAAUC